GCGCAAUUUGACACAUGUUACAACCUGAAUAUAGUAAACAAAGCAAAUUUCAUCAUUGCAAGUCAAACGCUUGUUUCUGUUUUUCACAUUGGCUAAGAGUUUUUGUUGAACGAAUCGCAUUAGUAAGUAAGGAUAGAUUAGGAUAAAAAAAUCGAAAUGUCGUGCACAGCUGAGGAAAUUGCCAGAAAGAAGCGUGAGGCAUUGGAACGGUUGAAACAAACCAAAGCAUUAGCACAAACAGGCAAUGUUCCGAGCAAAAACACGAGUCCUGGAACAGCCGCCAAAGCUACAUCGGUUUUUUAUGGCAAUACCAGCAACGACAAGGCAAAUACGUUGAAUCAAUAUGAAAAUAAGAUGAAGCAACAACAAACGCCGAGUCACAACAAUCGAAUCUCCUCGCAACCAUAUCCACGCAAUUCGGUACAAAAUACUGCAGCACAGAAUACGAAUUUGAAUCAACGAACAUGGGCUUCAAUUAUGGCAAAACCAGUCACAUGCACAUGCUCCAUGAUCUCAUCAACACGAUUUCAAGUCGUUCAAAGUGGUUACCAUAAUAAAUUGAUUGAUGUGUUCAAAACAAUUCCAACACGAUCGUACGAUCCCAAAGACAAGAUUUGGUCAUUUAAUUUGAGCGAUUAUGAAGAGGUGCAAAAGAAAGUCAGCGCACUCAAUCCAAACGUCGCAAUUGGUCCAUUGCCAAAAUUCGUUUUGAAACUGUUGAAAGAAGAGGAAAAAGAGCUGGAUUUUCUGUGUCUUCAAGCAAUCGAACCCACUUUGAGUUCACAGCUACUUGGUUUCCAGAAAUAUGGUGUUGCAUUCGGAAUAAGCAACGGAGGCCGUUGUUUGAUUGCUGAUGAUAUGGGACUUGGUAAAACUUAUCAAGCCAUAGCAAUUGCUGAUUUCUAUAAAGACGAUUGGCCGCUGUUGAUUGUCACCACUGCCACUGCACGUGACGGCUGGGCACAGCAUAUAAACAACUUACUGCCAGCGAUUUCAAAUGGUUCGGUUAAGGUAUUGACAUCAACAAAUGAGUAUGUUGGUGACUACAAAGUUCUCAUCACUAGCUAUUCGCUAAUGGAUAAAAAUGUUGAAACUUUGCUAAAAAGAUCAUUCGGUUGCGUCAUUUUGGACGAGUCUCACACGAUUAAAAACCACAAGACCAAAUCGGCUCAAAGUGCCACUCGUUUGUGUGAGAAAGCCAAACGUAUAAUUCUGCUCUCAGGUACACCGGCAUUAUCUCGACCCAAUGAAUUGUUCUGUCAAUUGAGUUUGAUUGAUAAGAAUUUCUUUGGUGGUUUCAAACCAUAUGCUGUGCGAUAUUGCGAUGCCAAAGAGACAAACUUCGGACUUGACAGUUCGGGCAGCAGUAAUCUGCCAGAGCUGAACAUCAUAUUGCGGCGCAAAUUCAUGAUUCGUCGAACCAAAGAAAGCGUACAGUUUGAAUUGGGUGAAAAGUCUCGUGAAACGAUCCUGCUCGACUCGAAAAAAGUUUGGAAUACACACGAUGACAGCAUGAGAGAAACAAUUGAAAACUGCAAAGAAUUUAACGAAGAUGUUAAGAAAUUACAAGGACAGGAUCGAAAGGCCGUGUUGCUCAGAUUGUAUGCCGAAUCGGCCAUACUCAAAGCAAACGCUGUUUGCUCGUACGUGACGGAUUUGGUGAAACAAAAAACAAAGUUCAUCAUUUUUGGCCACCACAAGGUGAUGAUGGACGCGUUGUCCAAAUGUUUGACUGGUCUGAACACGAAUUUCAUCCGGAUCGAUGGUUCAACCAGAAAUGAUCUCCGUGCAACGUACAUUGACAAAUUCCAAAAUAACAAGUCGUGUCAAGUGGCGGUUCUCUCUUUACAAGCAUGCAAUGCUGCAAUCACGCUGACGGCUGCGUCACUGGUUGUUUUUGCUGAGCUCGAUUGGAACCCAAGUACUUUGGCUCAAUGUGAAUCCCGUGCACAUCGUAUUGGCCAGAAGUCACCGGUCACAUGCCGUUAUUUGCUGGCAAAGGGUACAGUUGACGAUUAUAUGUGGAAUAUGGUGAAAGGCAAGCAAGAUGUUCUCAACAAAGCCGGUAUCUUUUCCGAAGAUCUGACUGAUGCAACACAUUCGACGGUUACAGUUUCGGCACAGUCAUCAGAUCAGACAAUUGAUCGUUACUUCGAAAGUCCCAAAUCAGCAGAAGGCGGUCAAAUCAAUAACAAUAACAAUGGUGACCAAACAUCAGUUCAACCAGCGGUGGAAAGCAUGGACUACCAUCACAUUCUCGAUGAUGACGCCGACGAUGCACUUAUGCUUGAUUUAGAUUUCUAAUCGUUAUACAUGCAAUGCAUGUCAUGCAUGAAUGAAAUGCUACUUAAAUGCAAUAAAUUAAGGAAUGGAACUGCCACUGGGCUCAAAUAUAAUUUUUUUUUUCAUAAAAAAAUAUGAAAUAAAGUGUGUCUGAGACGGAAUUAAAAA